UUUUUUUUGCAGGUAUUUCACCAUAUGGACUAGAGGACUUGGAUAUCAAUAAAAUAAACAGGUUCUUUAACAAUGAACCUCAGACGAGAAAAAUUUCUCAAAUAUAUGAUCGUUCCGAUUAUUACUUACAACCUUACGAAAAUAUUAAAAAAAAAAAUCUAAAAUCAAGUCAAAACGAUAGGCUCAGAUUAUUAACAGAUCAAAAGAUCAGUGAAAAAAAAAAUUUUUUCUUAGAACGGUUGAAAAAACCGUAUAUUAUUCAUUACUUUCGUUCAUUAUACAAUCCCUUUACCAAUCAAAUAUAUACAUCAAAUUAUUUAAAACCCUUUCUUCGUCAAUCUCAUUUUAUAGCUGACAAAAAUAUCUUUAAUGAUGAUGACACAACAGUAGAAGAUACUCAUAUUGGUCAACAAAAUAACGACCUUAUAACAUCAAAAAUAUCUGGGAAUGGUAUAAUUAUUCAUUCACAAAAAGAAUCAGCUAUGCGGAACAAGACUAAAAUUCAGACAAAUCGAGAAUCAAUAAUUGAUUUCAAUGAAGAGAAUGUUGAAUUUACUUACAGCUUCAAUGGAUUAAAAGUCGAAUUUGUGGAUACUAGGUUUGCAAUUACCCCGAAUGAUCCUAAUUAUAAUAGUAGCGACAAUUUUUAUAUAAAUGAUAAAACACACAAAGAAAGUAAAAAAAUUGUAAAUUUCAAAGAAAUUAUCUACGUGCGAGUGCCUAAAGAAGAUACUCCAUCAAAUAGUAAAUUUUUAAGUUACAGUUCGUUAGUAACGCAAAAUCAAAAAAAAUUUAAUAAUGGACCGACACAGAUCACAUCAAAUUAUAAAAUUAUCGACGACAUUUAUUUUGUUAGUA